AUGUGGCUGUGGCGAGGCGCUCAGUCGGCGGUCUUCUACUAUGCCACCUGUACACCAUGUGCCGAGAAAGUUGAUCGUCGAAAACGUAUGAAAGAAGCUGAAGCCGCUCGAUCCCGUCGCGAAAAGGAGAAGAAUGAAGAGAUCAUCGCCGACCAACCUCGGCCAUUUCCCCAGCCAACCGCCUUCAGUACCAACCCCGGAUGGGCGGAGGAAAUUGCGUUAGGCCCCGGCCCCCCGGCAAGAAGAGGUGGCAACCGGUCUGCGCAUCGUCGUACGGAUAGUUGGAAUACGGAUGGAAUCUCCGCAAACUCCUGUCAGGAUGUACGUGCGUCGCAAAAGAAGGACAAGAGUAGCCUAAUGCAACCGAUUGAGGAACGGUGGAACCGCAUGCGAUAUCAGCGCGAAGACGAGCCGUUAUGGGGGGAAGAAGUAGAGGUGAAAGGCUCGUCGGUCGGAUUAUCAGGUAGCGGGAAAGCGAAUGCCCACGAACCCAGCAAAUACUAUAUUGCACGAGUGCCUCCAGUCAACGAUCUUCAUCCGCCUAUCGUCAGUGGACCCAAGUGUAGGGCCGAGACGCGAUGGAUGCUGCAACCUGUGCCUAGCGCUAGGGUAAUGGCCGGAAAAGAUCGUUUCCCUACCCAGCAGAGUAGCACCAACGACCCCUCAUUAACCCGCGAAAAGAGUACCAACAAGACCCCCGAUCGAAUCCCACUACCUCCGUUAUCUACUCAGAAUGUUGAAAAGAAACCCGCCAGAGUUCGUCCUCCGUUUGCCCACCUUGACGACGACGACGAUGAUGAUGAUGAUGACGACGAUGAUCCUCGACCUCUGAAGACGCCUGAACCUAAGGAUAGCCGCGAAUACAGAUCACCCUCCUCCCUUACGUACGGGCGUGAUGAGUCUAAUUUUGUCAUAGCUUCGUCUCUACGGUCACGAUCAGAUUCGUCUUCGUUAGCUUCGAUUGACUCCGAUGACAUAGAAUCCCCAAGGGUUUCGAUACAGUCCCCGCAGACACCCAUAUCCCGGCCGAUGUCCAAGGAAGCCGAUGACGGUAGCAAGCUGUUCCGGCCGCAUGUGUCGAAGACAUUAUCGAACCUGAAUCGGGAGGACAAGAAAGUUCAAUUGUUGCAUUUGGAGAUUUCUGACUCCCAUGAGGAAGUCGGAUUAGGUGAUCUUGAGCAGAUACGGCCGUGGCGCUGGAGCAUGGACAUAUAG